CCAAGCUAGAGAAUGAAGUCGCAUAUGUUGGGUUUCUAUGCAGUUCUGCUGCUGUGGCUUCUGGUCUCGUCCUCUAUGCAAGUAGAUGAUGUUGUAAAGCGAUCAGCCUGUCUGACUACAACGGAUACUAAAGUUCCUCAGAGGAAUCUGGUUAGCUACACAUACCAGAGCAAACCUUUGUUCCCUGUGGAUGCUGUAAGAUUUCUUACAAUCAAAGGGAAAGUAAUCUGCUCAGAUCCCUCCUCACCUUGGGCCAAAAGAUCAAUAAAGUACCUGGAUAUAAAGAACAAACCUCAAUCGGUAUCAAACAAUACAGACCCCUUUGGAUGAAAAUUGUUGAUUGAACAGUAUGAUUUUGCAUUUUUAAAGGUUUUCUCUUUAUUGCACUUUAUUGUACA